CCUUUUUGUUGUAACGAGCAAGACAGACAGCUUGUGUAAUGUUUGUGUAAAGCACUCACAUCAAUACAUGUUAUAUAUACAUCAGCCUAGACUACUUUAUAGAAUUGUAUGUGUUUUUAUCUGUGAUAGAAAGUGACGGAAUACACAAGGAAUAAAGUCUUGGUCUGAAAAAUAUUCACUUGCGAUGGAAGAUGAUAGUCAUAAAGAAGUAGAAUUCGAAUUAAGAAACAAUGUAACGGACCCAGAGAAAGUUAGAGAGAAUCAUGUUCCUGACGGCGGUUGGGGAUGGGUGGUUGUCUUAGCAACGCUCACUUUUAAUAUCAUUUAUGACGGAUGUAGUUAUUCGUUUGGAAUUUUGUAUGUGGAUCUGUUAGACUCUUUCGGCGACACGAAAAGCAAUACUGCAUGGAUUGGAUCUUUAUUUUUCGCCGUACCUCUUCUGUGUGCACCUUUGGCAGGGAUUAUAACAAAGAAAAUAGGUUCAAGAGCUGCAACGAUGUUAGGAGGUUUGAUAGCAUCUUUAGGAUUUGCAGCUGCAUCAUUUUCUUCUUCUAUAUGGAUGUUGGUUAUAUUCUACGGAUUCGUAGGAGGUGUGGGAAUGUCAUUGCCAUAUUUCAAUUCAUUGAAAACAGUAACUGAUUAUUUCGACAAACGAUUAGCUUUAGCCUCUGGUAUAGCGGAAUCUGGUGCUGGUUUAGGAACUGUAAUAUUUGCACCAUUUACUGAAUUUCUAGUGACACGUUUUGGAUGGAGAGGGACUAUUUUAAUACUUAGCGGCAUAGUUGCCAAUAUAAUAGUCUGUGGUGCUCUUUAUCGACCUUUAGGCUUGAAAUACAGGGCUGUUCAUGCAAUUGAAAUUGUUAGAAACGAGGAAGAACCUUUUAUUCAUGAAACUGUUGAAAUAGAAAAUGGAACGGAACUACAGCCGCGAUUGAACGGGUCUGUAUUACUGGGAAAUAAUAUGACAUCCAGGGCGCAAACAUUCUGCCAAAGAAAGUUCACUAAAAUGCUCACAAUCCCUUUUAUAAUUUUUGCAAUAUCAAAUUUUGUGAUGUACUUUUGGUAUGACGUUCCAUAUGUUUUUAUUGUUGAUAGGUCAGUAAAUUUUGGAAUGUCUUCUCAAAAGGCAUCGUCUUUAUUAGCAAUAAUUGGUUUCGUUCAUUUAUUCAGUAUUCUUGGAUACGGGUUUCUUGGUGACAGGACCUUCAUCAAUCGUGCUAUUCUAUAUGGCCUAUCUACAGCUCUAUGUGGUGUGUCUGUUUUACUUGUUCCAUUUUUUAAACAGUUCUCUGUUUUGGCGGUGUUGUCUGGAUGCUUUGGAUUAUUUUCAGCUGCCACGGAAGCACUCCUGUCUUGUGUUCUGAUAGAUAUUGUCGGCAAGAAGGCAUUUGAUAACUUUUUCUGUGGUCUCAUUCUAUUUAUGGAAGGCAUUGCAAAUCUUGUUGGUCCCCCAUUCGCAGGUUAUCUUAGUGAUACAACAGGGAGUUAUGACGUUAGUUUUUAUGUGGCCGGUGCUUGCAUUAUAGCAGCAGGUGUUUUGUAUGUUACUUUAUCAAAGGUUGAUAUAGACAAUAAAAAUAAGAAACAAGAUGAAGAUGUUGAAAGUAUAUAGUUGUUUAAAAUACAGUACAUGUACUCUGAUUUUUGUUAUUUUGAUUGAUUGUAGUAAUAACAAACUGUAGUCUAAUAUUUGUGGUGUCAGGUGAACUCAGGUUAGUCUACUCAGUUUUUGGUAUUCUGACACCGACUUCCCAGGACAACAACAUAGCUUUUUUAAGACAACUAGAUAAAUGUGAAUGUUCAAAGCAUGGACUAAGUGUUAAGACAAGUAUAUUAAACAUGUUAAACAAGUAAAGUGAAAAAUGUAAGUCAGUCUGUAGAAUAGAUCCUAAAUACUGAGAAGAUAAGUUGAUGUAAUAAAUAAAUAGCAUGUCCGAGUUAAAAUCGUAUCAAAACAUAUUUUAUAAUUCAUAGUGUAUGCAAUGAAAUAGGUACACAUGUGUUAACUUAUCCUGUGUUACUUCAAAUGAUUGUGCUUAGAGUAUUUCUUUUAUUUUUUACCAUGUUAUGCAGCUUCUCAAAUUCAAAGCUGCAAAUUCAGCAGGGAAGGACUUCGUCAAAUACUUGUUAAGAACUGUCACUCAAAUUGAUUUAUUUUUAUACAUUAAAUAUGUUUUUUAUACAAGAUAAUAAAUUGACAAA